GGAAAUACUUGGGCUACAUCAUUGUACAACAGACCAUUCUAUAAAGAAACACACUAGUGUUUUGUUAAAGCUUUGCACUCUUGUUGCUAUAUUUUGCAAUGACCUUAAGGUUUGGCCAACACCUUAUCAAACCGUCAGUUAUUUUCUUUAGAUCUGAACUUUCUUUUGCUCUGGUGAACAGAAAGCCAGUGGUGCCUGGUCAUGUUCUUGUCUGUCCACUCCGUCCAGCAAACCGCUUCCGAGAACUAAGGCCAGAAGAAGUCAGUGACCUGUUUACGACUGUCCAGAAAGUGGCCAGUGUAGUGGAAUCCCAUUUUGGUGGUACCUCCCUCACUAUCUCUAUCCAAGAUGGUCCAGAAGCAGGACAAACUGUUAAGCAUGUCCAUGUGCACAUCCUUCCCCGGAGAGCAGGAGAUUUUAAAAGGAAUGAUCAGAUUUAUGAGGAGCUGCAGGACCAUGACAAAGAAGAGAAGGACACUCCAGAUAAAUGGAGAUCUGAAGAAGAGAUGGAAAAAGAGGCAACUGCACUCAGGAAAUGCUUCUAGUUAGGCCUUUUAGAUGCUUGUAGGAUUGGGUUUUUUUUUUCCAGCUGUUUAACUAUGAUUUAGCCAAUAAUUUAAAUAUUACACUAUCUAGCUAACUGUUUGAACUCAAAAUAAACUGUGUAAAAGUGAAA